AUGGAAGACAUUGCCAUCGUCGGCAUGGCUUGCCGAUUCCCUGGCAACGCCACUUCGCCGGAGAAGCUAUGGGAGAUGUUGGUGGCAAAAGAAUCUGCGUGGUCAGAAUUUCCCAAAGAGCGUCUCAACAUUGAUGGCUACUAUCAUCCAAGUGGUGAUCGUCAGGGCAGUAUUUCGUUCCGGGGCGCUCACUUCAUCAAAGAUGAUGUCGCAGCUUUUGAUGCAUCGUUUUUCUCCAUCAUGGCCGAGGAUGCCAAGGCCAUUGACCCUCAGCAGCGAUUCCUCCUGGAGGUAUCCUACGAGGCACUUGAGAAUGCCGGACUUCGUAUGGAAGACCUCAAAGGCAGUCCGACAGCUGUCUAUGUAGGCUCGUUCGUGAAAGAUUAUGAACAGAUCUGCCUCAGAGAUAUGGAUUGGCAGCCCCAGUAUGCUGCUACGGGCACCGGAAACGCCAUCAUGUCUAAUCGCGUGUCCUACACGUACGACUUCAAGGGACCCAGCAUGACAAUCGAUACUGGCUGCAGUGGAAGUCUCGUCGCAGUUCACCUCGCCGCCCAAGCUCUCCGAGCCGGCGAUUGUUCUCUGGCCCUCGCCGCCGGUGCUGGUCUCAUUUUCACACCAAACACCAUGAUGCCAAUGACGGCACUCAACUUUCUCAGCCCAGACGGAAAAUGUUUCGCCUUUGACUCUCGUGCCAACGGUUACGGUCGCGGGGAAGGCAUCGGCUUCGUUGUCUUGAAGAAGCUCUCGGAUGCCGUCCGAGACAAUGACACAAUUCGAGCAGUCAUCCGUGGUACCCAUGUAAAUCAAGACGGCCUGACCCCGGGCAUCACUCUUCCAAGCAAGGAGGCCCAGGUGGCCAACAUCCGAUCACUCUACUCCAAGCACGACCUAGACAUGAGCCAAACAGCUUUCGUCGAGUGUCACGGGACUGGAACCCAGGCUGGUGACUUCCGGGAGCUCAAGGCCAUCUCCGAGACUCUGGGCGACGGAAGGUCGAUCGAGAAUCCAGUGUUUGUAGGCUCUGUUAAGACAAACAUUGGCCAUCUUGAGGGAGCCGCCGGGGUCGCAGGGCUUAUCAAAGGCGUUCUCACCACCGAAAAGGGCCUAAUACCCCCGAACAUCAACUUCGAGCAGGGAAAUCCAAAUAUCGACUUCAAGAACUGGAAAGUCAAGGUUCCCACAGAUUUGAACAAGUGGCCCAUCCAAGGUAACCGCAGAAUCAGCGUCAACUGCUUCGGCUUUGGUGGAACCAACGCGCAUGCCGUUCUCGACGAGCCAGCCGCGUAUUUUGCUUCGCGCGGGAUCUCUGCCAACCACAAUUCUACUCUUGACAUCAGUCAGUCACACGAAGGCUGCGACGACAAUGAGAGCCAUCAACUCUUUUCAACAGCCCAAAUCUUUGUCUUUUCUUCAAACGAGCGCAAGGGUGUGUCCCGCGUGAUAAACACGCACCUCGACCACGUCAGCCAGCUCGCAAGUGUUAGUCAGAGAGACGCUGAUAACUAUGCAUACACCCUAGGAUGUCGCCGUUCGGUGAUGGAGUGGAAAGGGUUUGCUGUGGCGAGCUCCUUUGCCCAUCUUAUCACAAAGUUGAAGGCCAGAGACGAAUCUAGCUUUAUUCGAUCCAGUCGCGAGGCAACGCUGAGUCUCGGCUUCGUCUUCUGUGGCCAGGGUGCUCAAUGGGCUCAGAUGGGUCGCGAGCUCAUAGGCUUCGAAGCGUUCCGACAAAGCCUUGAUGCAGCUACCCAGUAUCUCAAGACGAUCGAUAAUGAUUUCAAUCUUAUCGGAGAGAUCAUGCGACCGAAGCCAGAGUCACGCAUCCAGGAUCCUCAAAUUUCGCAGCCGUCAACAACAGCGAUACAGGUGGCGCUCGUCGACCUGCUGCGGUCAUGCAAUGUCGCUCCCAGCAGCGUCGUUGGUCACUCGUCAGGCGAAAUUGCGGCUGCUUACGCAUGCAAUGCCAUCACUAGCGAAGCAGCUUGGGCAUUAGCAUACCAUCGCGGCCAGAGCGCUUCGCUUCUCAAGACCGCUGCUCCGUAUCUUCAGGGAGCCAUGUGCGCCGUCAGGAUGAACUGUCGCGAAGCCCACGAGUAUCUUGAGGCUCGAGCGGAACAUGGCGAUCUGCAGAUUGCUUGCAUCAACAGUCCGAACUCGGUCACAAUCUCUGGCAGCCUGGAGAAUGUUCUACGCAUGCGAGAUGAGCUCAAGUCUCGUCAGGUUCUUUGCAAGGUACUGGAUGUCGACAUUGCCUAUCACUCAAGGCACAUGAAGUUGAUUGAAGAAAGUUACAUGGAUCGCAUCAAGUCUAUUCAACCCAGAGACAGCACUGAUAAAAUCCCCUUCUUCUCAUCCGUACGGGGAAAGGUGCUUCCGCAGGAUCUCCUCCGACCGUUCUACUGGGUCGAGAACUUGGUUUCGCCAGUGGAAUUCGUUUCCGCAGUCAAGGCUAUGAUGGACUCUCAGAACAUGCCGGAUGUCUUGAUCGAGUUGAGUCCCCAUGCGACGCUGGCAUCGGCACUCUCGGAGAUCAUGGCCGAGCAUAGUCCUGACAGCCAACCGUCAUACUUUUCGCUCAUGCAACGCGACAAGGACUCAGCAGUCACAACGCUUCAGGCAAUUGGACAGGUUUGGGCUCGCGGUUACCCCGUUGACAUGCCCAAGGUCAUUUCCAAGGGCGCUGAUAAUUCUACAUACAAGACGCUUGUCGACUUACCCUCUUACCCCUGGAAUCAUUCCAAGACCUUUUGGCACGAGUCGCACACCUGUACCGAGCAUCGCUUUCGGAACUUUGGUCGCCAAGAUCUGAUCGGAUCGCCUUCCCCGGAUGCCACCACGUUCGAGCCACGCUGGAGAGGUUUCUUCCGCAUCUCCGAGAACCCUUGGAUCCAGGAUCACCGAGUCCAGAAGACCAUUGUUUACCCGGCGGCAGGCAUGGUCACCAUGGCCCUCGAAGCCGCGAGCCAGCUUUCUCAUGGCAUGACGGACAUUCUGGGAUUCCAUUUGACUGACCUGAAAAUCGAGAGAGCUAUGAUCAUUCCUUCUACGGCUUAUGGUCUCGAGUACUCGCUCAACCUUAAGCAGCGUACUGCAAAAUUAGAGGACGAACCGGUUUGGGAGUUUUCCAUCUACUCAAAGCAAGAAGAUGGCCCUUGGAUUCGGCAUGCGGACGGAUGCAUCAAGAUUCGACAAAAGGCUAGGGGACUGCCUUCACCCACCACCGGGAACGAGGCCAUGUUCACAAAGAUCCAAAGUCUUUGCACCUCGUCUAUGCCUCCACGGCAGCUAUACGAGAUCCUGGAUGUCGUCGGUCUCAACUACGGACCUUGCUUCCAGAACGUCACCUCCAUAUCGACUCAUCAGAACUCCUGCAUCAGCAAGAUUCGCAUUCCCGAUACGAAGUCAAAGAUGCCAGCAAACUUUGAAUACCCCCAUGUCAUUCAUCCCGCCACUCUGGAUGCCAUGUUCCAGACUCUCUUCGCCAUUGACAGCAAGCCCAUGGUUCCUUCGUCCAUCGAAAGCAUCUUCGUCUCAGCGAAUACCCCUCACGGUGCCGGCUACGAGUUCACUGGGUUCGCUACGGCUGAGAGACACGGUCUGCGAGAUGCAACAGGGUCCAUUGUUAUGGUAGCUGAUGUUAGUGAUUGGGGGACGCCAUCCAUCGUCGUUGAUGGCUUACAUUUGACUGCCCUCUCGACUCCCUCGAUCGAGGAUGGUGGCUUCAUCCCGAAUCAUCGCAAUCUCUGCUCCAACAUCGUAUGGAAAGAGGACUACACCACGACGAUGUACGCAGACUUCACGCACAUGCUGGAGCUAAUGGCCCACAAGUACCCAUCUCUUUCUGUUCUCCAGUGUGGCGGGGAUGAGCAGAUAGGUCGACAUGUUCUGGAGACGCUCUUAGACGGCGACAGGCUUCUUCUGUCCCGCUACACUAUGACCGAUGUCGAUGCACUGUCUACCACGAAGAGGAUCUUCGGGGAGUCGUCGGUCGUCAAAGUCUUGGAGCACCGCAGCUGGGAAGCAGUCAAGGAACAUUCCGCUCGCUACAACCUCAUCAUCGCGGCCAGAGACUCGAGCGUUGAUAUGAACGAAGCAAGCCAGCUCCUGCUGCACGAUGGUCUUUUGCUCAAUGAGGUCUCGCCUCCAAUGACCCCCACCACCACGGACUCCUUGUCCGGAUCCCAACAGCUCUCCGAAGAGCUUGCGUCACUCCAGGUUUCUUUUGAGCCAGACUCGGACGAUGUUGUUCGCUGCGACAUGCUGGACCAGCAUUUCGAGGUUCAUCUCUUUGCCGACGUUUUGGACCCUGUUUCAGCAACCGAAGUCCUUCUUGUCUUGCCUGACACAGGCGACGCAGUUUUGAAUGGCUUUGUAACGUCUCUCAGCGACCUCUUGUCCGACAAAGGAUUCAAAGUGAGCGCUGGUUUCUUGCAUAGCAUCGACCCCACUGGCAAAAUCUGUAUCGCGCUUCUCGAAGCGUGUGAGUCUUUCGUAUAUGACUGGACGACGGAGCAGUUCCGCGGCUUCCACCGUCUGCAGAACACAGCCAAGAGCCUCUUGUGGAUCACUCGUGGCGCGAAUAGACGUCCUACCAUUCCGCAGAACGCCCCCGUCAUUGCGCUUGCACGCACGAUUUUAUCUGAGGAUCCGCAGAAGACGAUUGUGACUCUCGACUUGGCCGAGGUUACCCAACUUACUUCGCAUACCCUCCCAAAGACCGUUUGGUUUGUCCUUGCUUCGAUUCUGGCUGGAUCGGUGGAGGCGGAAUUCGCGGAAGAAGGAGGCGAUCUGUACAUCCCGAGAUUGAUACCCCAGGAGGAGCUGAACAGAAUGAUCGAAAACGACUCCCACAUCGAGGUUGUUCAAAAGCCCAUCUUCCAUCAUUCAUCGAGCACAACCAACUACUCAAUGGUAGUUUCUCAGCCGGGGAUUUCGAAUGACAACUUCCACUUCGUCAAGAGCUCGCAUCCAACCAAGCUCGGUCCUCAAGAAGUCGAGAUCCAAACCCUCAGUGCGGCGUUGCAUCUCAACGAUCUCCGCACCGCCUUGGGACGGACUGGUGACGAAAAGCUGGGCCUUGAUGUUUUGGGCAUCGUUAGCAAGGUCGGCUGUAACGUCAGAGAUAUUCGUUGCGGCGAACAGGUUGUAGCCAUUGUUCCCGGCGCCUUCAAGACCGUUCAUCGAGUCGACCAGGGCUUCGUCAAGCCCGCGCCACCGCCCUUCGAGUGUUGUCAGUACACGCCGAGCGCCCUCGUCGCUGCGUACUACGCACUGUGCUCUGUCGGUCGACUUUCGCGAAAGAAGAAGGUGCUGGUCCACGCGGGCGCAAGUUCCUACGGCCAAGCUGCGAUCCGUAUUGCUACCCUUAUCGGCGCCGAGGUUUAUGCGACGGUCCUGGGAAGCGACUCUGAAGCCCAACGUGCAACUCUGAUCCACGCCCACUCCCUUUCCGAUGACCACAUCCUCGACGCAAAUGGAGAGUCUUUCGUCGCUGAUGUUUGCCAAUCUGGAAAGGUUAACGUUCUCUACAACCCCACCCAGGAACACAGUGUCGUCAGUUUCAAAUGUGUCAAGUCAUCUGGCUGCGUCGUUCAGCUCUCCGACAGAAGUGAUAGACCCAUCCGACUUCCCAUCACCUCCACUACAUUCAUCAGUCUCGACGUCGCCAUCGUCAUGCAGGAAGACCCUGACCUCGUCAAGGAAUUGUUCACCAUGGUAGACCACUUUGUCUUCGCCUACUUGCGCAAGAGCUCGAGUCUGCAGUGCCAGCCGGUCCACCGAUUCCCCAUGUCCAACUUCGAAGGAGCUUUCAAGCAGAUUGAGAGAGGGCCGUACCACGGGCUCGUCAUUAUGGCAGCCGACCGCGAGACCCUCGUGCCAGUGGCCACAGAGAUGCAUACCACGCCACUCGCUGAUGUCAUCGACCCCAACGGGACUUACGUCCUCGCCGGCGGUCUUGGAGGCUUGGGAAGGAGCAUCGCGAAGCUCCUUGCCGAUAACGGUGCGAAGAAGCUGGUGUUCCUGUCAAGGUCCGGCGGCAACCGAGACGCAUUAGACUUUCUUCACAGUCUCAGCCAGGAAGGGGUUCAAGCUACGGCAGUCGCGGUGGAUAUUACAGAUCUCCAGGCACUCACGACAGUCGCUCCGACUCUGGGCAAGAUCUCUGGCGUUGUGCAGUGCGCUGCAGUCAUCCAGGACGCUCUGUUUGAGAAGAUGGAUUUCGCCGACUGGCACGCCGCAUUCGCACCGAAGGCGGUCGGGGCCGUCAACCUCGCGGAAGUCUUCGGCCAAGGCCUCGAACCCGGCCCAUCCGGUCCCGCCGUCCCCUGGUUCCUCUUCCUGUCGAGCGCCUCUGGAAUAAUCGGCAACCGGGGCCAAGCCAACUAUGCGGCGGCCAACGCAGUUCAAGAUGCCCUCGCCCAGUUUCUCCCGCGCGCCGUCUCCCUCGCUCUCGGCCCCGUCCUCCAGGCCGGGAUGCUGGUGGAGGACGAGGAGACUCUGAGCAAGCUCCGCGGUGCUGGAUUCUACGGAAUCCGGCACCAGGACUUCCUGAUGAUGGUUGAGCGGGCCAUCACGGGUGAGGUCACUUCCGGUGUUCGUACGAGACCGCAAAUCGUCUCGGGCGUCGGCACCGGUGGCCUCAUACGCCAAAACAACCCUGGCGAUCCCUUCUGGUCGCGCACGGCGCUCUAUUCGUAUCUGAAUAUCGUCGACGUGCCGAUCGCCUCUCCCGAGGAGGGUCGUGGUAGCCCCGGCGAAGCUGACGUCAAGAAGAUGCUUGCCGUGUGCUCCGGGCCGGAGGCUGCCACGGUCAUCAUCUGCACUGGCCUGGUGCAGUUGAUGGCCAAGGCCAUGUCCCUCCUCCCGGAGGAGAUUGAUGCGGCGCGGGCGCCCAGCGCGUACGGCGUCGACUCCCUUGUCGCUGUAGGCGUUCGGAACUAG